AUGCCUGCCAGUCCAACACUGGUUGACGGCAAGGCAAUGCAAAUCAAGCAAGAAAUAAGCGCCAGGUUAGUGAAACCCGAGGAUUUGCAUACCAGCAUGACAUUGCCAGAGGGAAUUACGGCGAAGAAAGAUGACGCAACAUCCCAUGCACCUGUGUCGAUACGUGAGGAGGUGAGAUCCAAGACACAGAGAGAAUCACCAAUGGAACCCGUACACAGUGUACAAAUGGCAAGUGAGAUAAGCGAAAUGGAUUUGAAAUCGCAGCCGAAAUUGAAUGAAGCUCAAGUAGCCACUAAAACGGGGGAACAAGAGAGAACAGAAUUCGAGAAACAGUAUGAAGUCAGGGAAGAUAUAAAAACUGUGGAACCAGUGAGUCAACUUUCUAAGAGGCAAGUGACCCGUGAGGAAAGCUCACAAGCUCUGUCAGUCAGUACAGAGGCCAAAGCAGGAGAGCGUAAUGUAGAGCCCAAGGCAGAACUAGAGGAAAGUGCGGUAACCUCGGCGACAGAGGCGACCGCAGAAAUCCGAAUGGAAAGAGUUGCGGACACAGUGGAACCUAUAAAAUCCUCAGUGGAAGCGACUGUGGUUGGGGAGCAGGAAGGCAGUAAGUGCCGAGAAGUUGAUGAUGUGUUUUCCGAGCAUAUGCCAUCGGCUAGUCCAACAACGGUGGAUGGUAAAGCCAUGCAAACCGGACCAGAAGUAAGUGCUGGGUUAGUGGAACACGAGGAUGUGAAUGCUAGCAUAACGUUGCAGGAAAUUAAAACAGCAAAGAAGGAGGAAGCG